AUGGCGGCCACACGCUCGAAAACUAGCUCCGUUAAUAAUCAAAGUUCUAAAGAUACUGAUAUGGAUAUGAUCCCUCUGUCGGUUGUAAAAGAGCUUCUUAAAGUACAAGAAUCUAGUAUUAAAAGUUUUUUGUCAGUUUACAUGGAUAAUACGAACCAGCGAUUAGAUCAAAUUAUUCGAACUGUUCAAGAUCUUAAAAAUUCGGUAGAAUUUACUCAAGCUCAGUUUGAAGAAUUUAAGAAGUCAAGUUUAUCAGUUGGCGAGGAAUCCUUUAAAAAGAUGACAGAUUUCGCAGCUAAAUUUCAAGAUUUCUCAACCAUAAUUGAUGAAGUUUCACUCAAGGUUAAUGAGAUAGAUAGCAAAGCAGAUGACCUUGAAAAUCGCUCGCGUCGUGACAACUUAUGCUUCGACGGUGUUCCUGAAAGCACUAAUGAAUCUUGGCAAAACAGCGAAGAUAAAAUAAAAGAAAUUCUCUCCUCCAAAUUGGGUAUUGAGACAGGCAACUAUACCAUAGAACGAGCCCAUCGCGUUGGCCGUGCAAGAAAUUCGCCUAGUAAACCGCGGCCAAUUGUGGCAAAGUUUGCUAACCAUAAAAUCAGAAAUGCAGUCCUAAAUGAAAGGAAACAUCUUAAAGGGACUAAUAUAUUUAUUAGGGAAGAUUUUUCUGAUAAAGUAUUAGCCAAACGACGCGAAUUAGUUCCCAAAAUGUUUGAAGCAGGACGAAAUGGUAUGGUGGCUUAUUUACGUUAUGAUAAACUAAUUACGCAUUCAAGAAAUAACACAAGUCAGACACCAACUUCUGCUCAGGCGGCAGGCGACGAUAGUAUUGCGCGAUGA